GUUGUACACGGGUCAUCACUUCAUCCAGUUGUCACUGACAGUAUCAUCCGAACAAUAAUCGAAACUUUCUAAAAAAUAAUAAUAAAAAAAAAACAGCAACCGGACGGCGUGAAUCAUCCCGCGAGUUGACCGCGAAUUAUUUACGAAUUGUCCGCGAAUCAUCCGCGAAUGGAGUCGUGACAAUCAUAGUUACCAGAAGUGAUCGACAAAUAGUGAACGUGGGAAACGAUAAUGUGAAUCCAAAGUGUCAAAGAUCCCCGGUGCUAUAUCAUCCUGAUUAUUUCGUAAUUGACCACGCCUCGAUCAUGUAUCUGAUCAUCACGUAAUUUAAAUUCGCAGCUUAAGUACAUAAAAGGAUGUAGCAGCAUUGCACGAGUGAGAUUAACUCUCCGGGUGAUCAGUGCUGGUACAUUAUUACUGAAAUGGCAUCGCCAUUUUCCCAAGGAGACUAUCGCUAUUUUUCUGUUACAACUGUUGUGUAAUGCACACCGCGUAAUACGGAUAUAAUCACUUGACGCACGCGGAAAAAAUUGUGUAAUUGGAAAUGCCGCUAUGAGAAUUUUUCCAAAAUUAAGGCGGACAUUUUUGCUGGAGAAUUUUUUAUACAACUUCUCAAUGAGUUAUUUUUAAUUCAAUCGCGGAAACGUGGAAGUGUUUAUGUUGGCGGUGAAUAGUGAGUGCCCGUCAGGGAAACCGAUAGAAACAGUAAUUCAGGUGUCGAGGAGGUGAUGAACUCUGGAUUAAUAGAACUACGAUGAUGAACGAGGUCAGACAGAAGUGGAGCUCACCGAGAUGCACGAGUGCCAUCAGCCCUGAUAACGGUGAACAGAAGUCAACGUACAAUCAAGCGAUUGAAUCUGAUUUCUCAGAAGCGACUAACGAGAGGCCGAUGGAAUCAGCUAGAUCCAAGUUUCUAGGGUCUCUGACAUGUACCAGUCAUCCUGACCACGUGGGUGAUACGAUAGCAUCUGAGGAGGCGCUGUACCAAAAUAACGCGUCCUUGGUGGGUGAAAGAGAGGUAAAGAAUCUGAGCAGCAGUCAGUCAGGUCAACUCAGUCUCCAUUUGGACGAUGAUGUGGCAGAAGUCAAGCGACGGAGAAGACACAGCUCCAGUGUCGAGAUUACUGCUAUGACAUCAGUGAAAACCGACGAGGACGGACUGCCCGUGAUAAGUUUCAGUUUUCUGCAGGAGAGGCAUGAAAUCCCUCAAGAAUUCGAUAGAACUGAUAAACUCCAGUUGUACGACUUCCCCAGGAGUACUCGCGUCUCAGGGGUCGGUGAAGCCUCAGACCCUGAGCCAUCAGGUCCUGAUCACCCCAGCACCGAGCUGUAUGACUUCCCCACGUCAAUUCGAGUAGUUGAUCCAGUGGUUGAUCAAGUGCCCGAUGAUCUAGAGACUCUGAAGAAUUCUGAGGAGCUGUACGAGGUGCCCGGGAUCAAUCAGGAGAACGCCAAGAACUCCGUCUCCCUGACCCUGGAGGUGGAUUCAAGGGCCGAGCCGAGGGUUGAGCAGAUGUCGUACUCUGACCCUGAGGACAACUACUGCUGCAGGGAGAGAGGAAAAAAAUCCAGGAAUCGCACCUUGGGGAGGGCUUGGGGCAGGAUGAGGAGUUGGUUGAAGGAGGAAAAAUUGAGGAUCGGUGAAGUUGUUCAGAGACAUGCCAGGAUGCAGGCAGUUGGGGCACUCAGGACUGAUCCUGAGACCUCGGGGAGUUGUGGAUCUUAUGAUCUGGUGGAGGCCAGGACUAGGGAGCUCGGGCCAAUUAGUGUGAUUGAUGAAGCUCCACUGUCCUCGGUGUCUGAAGAGGUCAAUGGAGAUGACGUCAGGACUUAUGAUCUGGUGACGUCGGACGUAUCUCCUGAGAUAGUGCCUAAUAAAUUUCAAGGAAGACUCAGGGAUAAAACCACUAGUGUCGAAAAUGUCGCGGGGGGCAAGAUGAAACUUACCCCGGUUUCGUUUAGUCUUGAUAAAUUGUGCGAUGAGGAGGAAGUGAAUGGAAAGGAGAGAAAUUAUGGGAAAGGUGGGGUUAUCAGAAGGAGAAUGCUUGGAUCAAUCAGGGGAUUCAUGGCUUCCACCAAUCUUCUGCAUCAGUCCGAUACUGAUGAGACGGGUCCUGGUGGCUUCGAAGAUGUUCGGAGAUACGUCAAACAAGGCGGUGACUUUUGCAAGGAACUCGCCGCAGUUCUCCAUGAAAGGGCCGAGCUAGAGGCUAAUUACGCCAAGGGUCUCAGCAAAUUGAGCAGUAAAUUAACGAAGGCGUGUGCUAAGGAUCAAGGUGGAAACAGCUCCGGUGGUGUCAACGAGGCGUGGCGAAAUGUCGGUGAGGAGAUGGAAGCAGCAGCUGAGGCUCAUCGAUUGUGGGGUAUAGCCCUCAGCGAGCAAUUGGCAAAACCCCUCAGGGUCGGCGUGGCAGAGGCUCAAGGGCGUUCCCGUAAAGUGAUUGAGAGUUCCGUGGACAAAGCAUCCAAGUCCCUCCAAGAAUGGCGAAAUGUUGCAGCGAAGAGCAAAAAGCAGAGUUUCGCAUGCGCUCGUGAGAACGAGCGGCUCCAGGAUCUCGCAAGAAUCCAAUCGAUCACACAUUCUCAACAGAACAACAACAAGACGUCAACGCACCACAUGACGGAGAAGGAAGUGAACAAAUUGGAGAACCGCCGUCGAAAGGCAGAGGACGGUUCCAGAAGAGCAGAUACUGAGUUUUACACAGUGAGCGUGAGGGCAGAGCGUGCAAGAUUGGAAUACGAGUCAACGGUGAGAAAAGGGGCGAAGCAGAUGGAACUCCUCGAGGAAGAGAGGCUGAGCGCCCUCAAGGACCUGGCGAAUGUCUACCUCUCGCACCUCCAGGCCCUCGCCCCAAGGCUCCAGCAGAGUGCAGAUCGAUUGUCUACACCUGUGAGGAACUGCAACGUCUCCCUUGACGUCGACAUCCUCAAGAAUUUGAUCCGUAGAUUAGACAACAAUGAGACACCUAACGUUGAUCAACUCCUUCCUGAUUUUUACGCUGAACACGUCACCCUGGCCAUGAACAGGGAACGACGAAAGCAGGCCCUUGUCCGAGUCCUCCACCUCAUCAGACAAGAUCUGGAGAGAGAGAGGCGAGGCAGAGAGGGGCUCGAGACCCUUCACAGGGCUUUUAUCCAGACUCCAGCAUUUGCAGCUGACGAAAGCACCCAAAAUGUCACAGACAAGCUCAUCCACAUGAGAUCGAUGCUGACCUAUCUCGAGGCAGCUCGGUACAAGGUUGGUGGUGCCCUGGCAGAGAUCGAGGGUGGCAAGAGGCCCAAACAUCCCCUCGCCGAGCACAUCCUCGUGUCCAGGGACAAACAGGGACUCCAGCAGAGUGUCCUUAAGGUGCCAACGUGGGCAAAAAAUGAGUCCUUCGAGUCACCAGAGGUCGAGGAUGAUAUCGAUAUUCAUAUAAGCAAGAAUGAGGUCGAGAGAAACGACUGGGAUAGAACAGCUGGGGAUGGCAAUUCGGAAAAUCCACCUGAUGAAGAGGACUUCAGUGAUUUUGAUGAGUUCAGCAGUCAGUCCGAGGAUAACAAUAAUCAAGAGGACGUGGGAGAUUUGCCGGUGAAGAUUGGGGGUGAGCAGUGCAGGGCGUUGUAUCAGUACUCGGCUAAUUUAAAUGAUGAGCUGAGUCUCAGUCCUGGAGAUGUCAUCACUAUUCAUCAGAAACAGGCUGAUGGCUGGUGGAUUGGCGAGUGCGCUGGCAGAACUGGAAUUUUUCCUGCUACUUAUGUUCAAGUACUGCGUUGAGAUAAAUUGAGAUGAAUUUAGAUUUUUUUUACUCAUUUGACUGAAUUAUGGGAAUAGUUCUCGUAAUGGCUUUUAAUGGAGGGACUGGGUAUUUAUUCUGGAAACCUCCGCCAUAGAGAGAAGAUGAAAUUUUUUUUUUUUCGAUUCUCCAAAAUUUAUCAAAGAUAAAAUUUGAAUCGCUAAUAAGUCAAUCGAAUUAUCAGCAUCAUAUUCGUACUUAUUAGAAUGGAGAGUUUGAAUUUUAACAGUAGAUAAUGUGAGAUCGUCUGCUGAAUCAGUCACUCGAAAUUUAAAGAAAUCUAACGAGAAUUAACAAUUAAGUUCUAUUAUUCACGAGAAAGUUUUACCAAAUGUUGCAUGCUGUACAUAAGAACGGUGUUUAUUCAAUAAAAUCUGUACAUAUGAUUGAAAUUUUGUUAUAUAUGUAAUAUCACAAGUAAUGAGCGUAAAUACAUUUGUAUAUUUCAA